CACGGGGGGAAAUGCGCCGCAACCACCGCCUGAAGGUGGGCUUCUUCAACCAGCAGGCCGCGGAGCAGCUGCGGCUGGGGGAGACGGCGGCCGAAUACCUGCAGAAGAGCUUCAACCUCCCCCACCAGGACGCCCGCAAGUGCCUGGGGAGAUUCGGCCUCGAAGGCCACGCCCACACCCUGCAGAUCGCCAAGCUGUCCGGUGGGCGGGGCUUACAGGGGGCGGGGCUACUAAUAGGAGGCGGGGCUACGAAGGGGGCGGGGCUGCCAGUAGGAGGCAGGGCUAUUAAAGGAGGCUUGGCUACCAAUAGGAGGCGGGGCUACGAAGGAGGCGGGGCUAUUAAUAGGAGGCGGGGCUACCAAUAGGAAG